UGGAGAUCAGUCAUCUAUUUGCCUGCUUGAGAAUGAGAUCGUUUUCGCUUGUGAUGCUGCUGGUGCUUGAAACGAGUUUGGCCCAGCUGGUCUGGAGGGACUAUGGCUAUAGAGUAGUUUUUGGACCGCAUGGAGAAAUUGGACUACUCAAAAAUUAUGGAACAAAUAACUAUCAUCAAGGAGGAGCGCCCUUUGGUUAUAGAGAAAGUGGUUUAAUCAGCGGAACCAUGAAUGGUGGUCCAUUUGAAAAUAGCAACAUUCAAGGAGGAUUGAUUUCUGGCGGAAAAAGUGGAGGUCCCUUUGGAAUUAGUCACGGAUUAGGUGGACUGAUUAGUGGCAGUAACACUGGAGGACCAUUUGCCAGUAGUCAUCAUGAAGGAGGUUUAAUUUCUGGAGGUGGAGGUCCCUUUGGCAGUAGUCUAGUAUCAGGUGGACUGAUCAGUGGCAAUAAGAAUGGAGGACCAUUUCCUAGUGACCAUUAUCAAGAAGGUUUAGCUACUGGCGGCAGCAGCGGUCCCUUUGGAAGUAGUCAAGGAUCAGGUGGACAGGUCAGUGGCAGUAAGAAUGAAGGAUCAUUUGCUAGUGACCAAGCAGCUACUGGUGGUAGCAGCGGAGGUCCCUUUGGCAAAACUCCGGGUGAAGGAAUACUCCAUCAAGAAGGAAUAAUUUCUGAAGAAAGCAGCGAAGGUCCCAUUGGAAUCAGUCCUACUACCCCAGCCGAAAGUGAUCUAAUCAGUGAAAGCAAGAGUGAAAGACCUUUAAAGACCAAUGUCCAGGAAUCAGAAGAGGAAGAAGGACCUUUAGAAAACGCAAACUAAAUCAUGUAACUUAAUAAAAAUAAUUUAAUAUUUUUCACAA